AUGGCCAGCGACAGUUUACAGAUACCUACAGAUUUCAAGACCAGUUUACCUCCAAGAAAACGGGCUAGAACUCAGGAGGAGAAAGAACAAAGGCGUAUUGAGAGAAUCCUAAGGAACCGCAAGGCCGCACAUCACAGUAGAGAGAAGAAAAGGGCUCAUUUGGAAGAACUAGAGCACAAAUGUGAAGUGAUGGAGCGACUGCUGGCCAGUAUUGACGAUCUUGAUGCUGUUGUCGGAGACAACGGCCGAGAAUCGCUACUAGAGUAUAGGAAUCUUAUGGGGAAUGGCUUUCAGACGGGCCAGUCGUCGCCUGUGGCGGCUCUAACGCCUGUCAGCCUGGUUAAAGACGAAGAGGAUCAAAAUCGCAGCUGGGAUCUGCUUUUGAGCAGGUCUCAGGAAGUCGAACCACAAGUAGAACCUCUAACUUUAACCACUCCUCCAGAAUGGUUUACCGGAAAUGAUAACAGCUCGUUUGAAUUCGACGAUUGGCGUAAUCCAGCCGUGAUUACAGCUACAACAGGCAUAGUUGUGAGAUGA